ACGGUUAUUCAAAUUGUUCGCCAAUACUAAUCAGUUGUGACAACACAAAAAGUUUAAUUUCACUUUAAAACUGUCAGUCUGUAGGACACCCUGCUUAACCAACCGACCUAGUGAUUACCUAACAACUUAGUCUUAAACAUUCAAAAUGUUUGCUACCGGUAAAGUUUCCCAACUCCUUGCGAGGUCUGCUGUAAAAGGCACCAGGAACAUGUCCGCUCUGUCUGGGCCCCCACAGGAAAAGAUCAGCUCGGCUGAAAAGUUUGUACAUGGUGUGACAAUCGCCGUUGGCAUGCUGGUGAUACCUGCCUGGGUCCUAGCUAACAUCAAGAACUAUAGGGCACAGUCCUCUUAAAUUUGUGUAAAUCGUAGUAUAAUUUUUAAUGUAUCAUAAUGUUAAACUAAACGUAUUAAUAAAUAAUUUAAAACAGUA